CAAUGCAGUACAUCUUACGGCAAAACAUGGCGCUGCACUGAUGAUGUUGGUAGAACGCGAAGUGAAGUGAGUCGUUAAAGCAGCUAAAGACUGUUCACUGUUUCCUUUGUCUGUCCUCUCACGGAGCUCCGUACCGCAGCGCGGGGCUGAGCUCCGGCCGGGUAGCGAGGAGCAGCGGCGGGCUCGGCCGGUGACAUGGCGGCGCAGGGAGGCGUCCUGUUCCAGGAGAAGGUCAGCAGGCUGCUCAGCAGACACGACGGGAAACCCGUCCUGAAACCCAACCGUCCUCUGGUUCUCAGAGACGCUGUAGCUAACCGCAAGCUCAAGAAAGGAGAGGCCACCUGUAUCACAGAGAUGUCCGUCAUGAUGGCCUGUUGGAAGCAGAACAACUUUGUGGACGGUCUGUGCUCCAGUGAGAUGAACGCCUUCUACACCUGUGUUAACAAGGCUCAGGCUGCUAUGAAGAAUAGAUCUGAGCAGAGCGGCCUUCAGGGAGGACGUCUGCACCCAAAACAAGCCACAGCCCUGCUGAGGAGAUACCCCAACCUGCGCACUGAGAUCUAGGAAACUCACCGUUUAACGCAUAGCUUGGACAGUCUUGAAAUGUGCAGGUUAAAUGUUGGAGCCUUGGAACUGGAUUUCAUCAUGUUAAGGAGUUGUAGACUAUGUUUUGAUUUAACAACGUAAUAGAACCCGGAAAAGGGGGAUUUCAACACAAACACACUGCACCACUCCUUUAUUACGUAAGGUUAGUCAAUCAUUUCACAUCACUGCCUAACACUCUGUAAUGGGAAAGCCUUUGUAUGCACAACACACUGCCUUUUAUGGUCUGAAAUAUAAUGUGACUUUCCCCUUGUGUCCUCAAUUGGCGCGUGAUGGCAUUUAGUCCUAAUCCAAUCUAGCAGAGUGGUCUCCUUCAGUGCAGAGAUGGUAUUAGUGGAUGUGAUUAUUCUUCUUGGGUUUCACGGCUCCUGGCUGGCAGCUCACUGUUGUUACUGAACUAAAAUGCCUCGUCAUUCCUGGAAAAGAUGAGAUUGGUGGUAAACCGAUGUUGAAAUAAAAUCAGCCUAAAGAUUAAGCAAAGCUCAGUGUGGUUGAUAUGGAUAUUCCUAAAUAGAUUU